UCUUCACGCUCUUUGAGUUAGCAAGUAACGUUAGCAAGUAACGUUAGCAUCCUGAAGGCGCUUAAUGCGUUCUCCAACUUUGUGACAUUGUAGCUAAAUUAAGCUACAUAACAUAGAUCAUAUUUACAACUGUGUUUUAUAAACUACCCGUCACUAAUCGUUUACAAGAAGAACUAUAAAAACACAUUUGAGUUGCUGCUUCUAUUGUAAUGUUAGCUAGAUGUCACGUAGCUAAGCUUCUGUGGAUACCAUUAGCUUAUAGAGACUUAUAACGAUUAUAACCAUUUGUAAAAAUCAACAGGGAUUUUGACCAAGGCUAGUAGUGUAUGCUCUAUUUGUUAUCUCACCAGAUCAACACUGAACAUGUAGCAGAUUGAUCCCUGUCAGCAGAAGUAUGAAAAAACAACAAGGUACAUUAUUAUGUCUUUGACAGCCAUGGAGUUUCUCCCAGUACUUGAUCCUCUGGAUAGACCCAAAGAAGGGAUAUGGUAUUCUUUGAUACCAAGGGGCGGUGCUCCAGGUGUUAGUGUGGGUCACACCUGUACGUUUAUUCCAUCUGGAGAUGGAGGAAAAGGAAGAGUCUUUAUUAUUGGGGGUGCCAACCCCAGUGGCAGUUUCUCACAUUCGCAUAUCAUAAAUCUAGAUACUCAUGAAUGGGACAUCCCAGAGUGGGAGGGUUUGGAGUCACGGUACGAACACUGCAGCUUUGUGCCAGAGAGCUUCCCUCAGAGCCUGUGGGUGUUUGGAGGGGCACAGCAGAGCGGCAAUCGCAAUUGUAUCCAGAAUAUACAGCUAACAGAGAGUGAGUCUCGCUGGAAGAAUGUAGUGGUGAAUGGCAAACCCCCUGGUCCCAGAACAUACCACACCAACUCAGCCUGCCUAGGGGAUCGGCUAUACGUCUGUUCUGGUGGGGAAGCAGGAGCUGCACCUGUCUCAGACUCCAAACUUCAUGUCUUUGAUACAGUGUCUUCCACCUGGUCCCAACCAGAAACCCAAGGCAGAAACCUGCCAGUCAGACAUGGACAUAUUGUCGCAGCAGUGGGUUCAAAGAUCUACAUUCAUGGAGGCAUGGCUGGAGAUAAAUUCCACAAUGACAUGUACUCUCUUGACACAAGGAGCAUGACGUGGGAGAAAGUGCAGGCUAAAGGAGACAUCCCACCAGGAGUAGCAGCCCACUCAGCUUUGGUGCUGGGCAAGAACAUCUACAUUUUUGGAGGGAUGACUGCAGAUGGCGCCGGCAACUCCAUGUACAGAUUCAAUAGUGACAGAAGUAGAUGGGUCCUCAUGAAGUUUGAAGGAGAUAUGCCACCCAACCGCCUGGACCACUCCAUGUGUUUACUACCCUGGAAGGUGUGUGGUGAGGGGAGUGGAGAUGUGGAACAAGCCAACAGCCCAGCAGCCUCAGAGACAAUAACUCUGGCCUUUGUAUUUGGAGGAAUGGACACCCAGGGUGUCAUUCAUAAUGACUGUGUUGUGACUGUGGUGACAUGAAAUUGUAAUAAAAUUUGUACUACUUAGUAA